AUGACCCCAACUCCUCCUUCGACAAACUCAUCUCAGGGAGCCCGGUCUCCCGAGGAACAGUUCCGUGUUGUGAGGAAGAGGAAUCGCGUGCCUCUAAGCUGCUAUCCUUGUAGGACGCGCAAAAAAUGUGACAGAAGUCAUCCUUGCAGCAAUUGUACGAAGCGCGAGGGUAUGGGGACCACCUCAUGCUCUUAUGCCACGCCGGUUACACGCAAGAAGAAUCAAAGUCAAGGAGACUCGAGUCCUGAUGACAUGCAGAAUCGUAUUGACCGUUUAGAAGGCUUAGUUUUAUCCCUUAUGCACGGAGGUGCUAAUGUAGAUGCUGCAUCCGCUGCCGCCGCUGGAGCAGCGACAACACAAUCCACCACGGACAGCGGAUCUUCCGCCAAGGCUGGAAAAGGAGACGACAAUGCAAUGGCAUAUGAUGAGGAGGAAAACAGUGACGAAGAGGAGGGACUGGCUACGUCUUUGGGUUUUCUUAAAGUGGACACGGACAAAGGCAAGUCGCUGUAUGUUGGCCAGGAACAUUGGCAUACCCUCCUUGCCGAUAUAUCUGAGGUGAAAAACUACUUCACGUCUCACAAAAAGGAGUUAGAAACAAGUUAUGAGCGAGUCAAAUCUUCAAAGCCCAUGGCUGCAAGAGAGGGGCCGACACUCCUGCUAGGAGCACUCCCAGCUUCCGAGAUUGAAAUAAGAGCAGAGCUUCCCCCCAAAUCUGCUGUUCUGACGCUCUGCAGUCGAUAUUUCAACUCCAUGGAUAAUGCUGUCAACAUCAUUCAUGGACCAACAUUUCAACAGCAGCUGAAAGAUCACUGGCAAGAUCCCAACAAGACACCCAUUAUGUGGCUUGGUAUGCUCUACUCGGUUCUCUGCCUAGCAAUGCUGAGUUACCAUAAAGUGGGCGACGAACCUCCUGAGUGGAGAGGGCGAACCCUUGAGCUUGCAAACGAAUACCGUUUACGCACGGUGCAAUGCCUGAUCAAAUCAGACUAUACAAAGCCUAACGAAUAUACGGUUGAGACUAUGAUACUCUAUGUAUUUGGAGAAUAUUCGUCUCGAUGGGAUGCUGACCUAGGAUUGUGGUUAAUCGUGUCUUUAAUUGUUCGAAUCGCGUAUCGAAUGGGUUACCACCGAGACGCUAAAUGGUUUCCGUCAAUUACACCAUUUCAAGCGGAAAUGAGACGGCGGACGUGGGCUCUCGUGCGAAUGUCGGACGUUAUCUUCUCCCAUCAGGUUUCUCUGCCCAGCAUGAUCUACGAAAAUGAUUGCGACACCCAACUGCCCAAUAACAUAUUUGACGAUGAGUUCAAUCCCAGCGUCAAGGAGCUGCCCCCUUCUCGACCAUCCACUGUCGCUACUCCCAUCGCCUACAUGAUUGCCAAGUCAAGAUUAUGCUUUGAGUUGGGAAACAUCCUCCAGGCUACAGGGCAAGUUGGCAAGCAUGUGCCUUACGACGAGAUUAUUCGAUUCGAUGCCAAACUACGACAGAUCAUGCAAGAAUUACCGCCGCAUUUGAAGUUAACGACAUUAGAAGGGUCCCAUGAUCCAGUGACUCUGAUCAUUGCCAGGUUCAAUGUCGAUAUCUUAUACCAGAAGAUUCUAUGCUUGCUUCACCGAAAAUACCUUCCCAGGGCGAGGCAGAGCGCAAGAUAUGCACACUCUCGGAGGGCUGCAAUUGAAGCAUCAUUGACCGCGCUCGAUCAUCUGGCAGUAUUGUACCGAGAAUCACAAUCCAACGGGAGGCUGCGCUCAGUCAGUUGGUUUGUGAAGUCGAUCGCUACCAAAGACUUUACGUUGCCUGCAAUGCUGGUCAUUCUUGAUCUCCAUUUUGACAACAUUGCCGCGCAGUCUUCAGUUCCCCAAGACGAUGAGGGUGCUUCAACUUGGAACGAUGACCAACGAUCCAAAAUGAUUGGCAGCUUAGAAACAGCGAGAGAAAUUUGGAACACACUUGCAGAUACCUCGAUGGAAGCAUUCAAGGCGGCUAAGGUCAUCGAUAUCAUGCUAGAUAAGAUCAAGGACCCUGCCUCGAUCGGUCCAGAAAUGCCGGGCGCUCCAUCGCCAAUGCCAGGCCUGACGCAAGGUGUUGGGACUGAUGUUUCGCCGGCUAUGGCGCCGGAUUUUGUCUCACCAAACAGCUUGCCCGAUUUCAAUGCGACGGCCAACCCCUUUUCGACGCCUAACCCGGCCGCCUUUAUGGGCAUGGACUUUGGCAUGCCUGGGUCUGAAGGACUUGAUUUUCAAACCGAUGGAUUCGCUGGGGCUGGUCCAGCUUCCCCUUUCUCCUCCAUGUUCAGUAACCUGGGAGCCAACACUAAUGCUGGGAUGGAUAUGGGCGCGAACUUUGACUGGAAUGCCUUUGAAAACUAUACGCAGAUGGCCAACUGGGGAGCAGACCAGAGUUUUCAGAUAUACGGCGCUGGAGGAGACCAGUCAUCCCCGGGACAGACCUCUUCGUUGGGUGGUCGUAGUGGAAGUACGUCACAAGCGCCAGGACAAGGAGGUGGCAGAGAUGCGAAUAUGCAAUGA